GCUGUGCGCUGCUGGCAACGCUGCAAACCCAAACCUGUGAUGGACUUGGCAAAAAGCUUUUCUGUUCAGUGGCUGAGGAAGCACAAGCAGAAGUGGCUCUGCACGCUCAGCAUGGCCAUGCUACAGAAAACCUGGCCCUGUUUCUGCUGUCAUGUUGCUGAGGAAGAGCAAUUCAACUGGUGUCAGAGGAUUUCCACUGAUAUAAAUCUGGUCAUUUUGAAGUGUUGCAGACUUCCUUCAGAGCAGUCCAGCCCCUGCCCUGAGGAACCUUGCAGCAAAGGUAUGUCUGAUAAAGAAUAUUGGAUUAGACUGAGAUGUGAGUCCAGAAGGUUUUCCCUCCCCCUCAUCGUUCCUGCCAAGAGAACUGGAGAGCUGUGGUCAGUGGCACCGCUGAAGGACAUGUGGGCUGACAGACAGUUCACUGAACAUAAUGAGUGAAAACUGCCUGGAGCAUGAGAAACGUGCAAACCAAAGCUCCUCUACAUUGCUGACGCUCAGUGGGAUCAUCAACAGAGUGAGGAAGAGAAAGCCUGAGCAUUUCCUCAGCUACAUCCAAGACUCAAACCUCUUAACCUGUAAUGGAGAUCCAACCACCUCGUGUACAGCCUGACUCUGUGCCAGCACCUUCCUCCCACUCUUGCAAGGAGGCAGGGCUCUGGCAGACAGCAGCACAGGCUUCCUCAAACACCACUCACUCCAGUGUACUUUGCAUCCUACCUGUUAUGACCAGCUCUGCACUUCAGAGGGUAGGAUCCUUCCUGCAGUCGAUCGUACUGAGCAUCCGAAGCAGAGACCUCUCCGAGAUGUCAGGUAUUGGUCCGGAGGGGCUGAUCUGCGAGCCACACAGCAGCUCCCGGGUCUACGGUACAUUAGCCGCCUCUCCGUGGGAGAGGGAUCCCAGACAGCUCCGCUGGGGAGCCAGCCCAGGAGAUUUGUUAGCGGGCUGCUCCGGGGGAUCCCAGCCACCUCCGGCACCCGGGCGCCAAAGGUGCUUGUGCUGCUGCUGCUGCUGCUGCUGCCGCUGGCGCAUUUCAUCCCAACUCCAGCCAGAGCGGGGGCAAGUUGAACCGGAGACAUUAGAGCCACUGUGCUUCGGAGAGACGGGGGAGCGCGGCCGCACCAUGCCUGCGAUCAAGAAGGAGCGACUUGACAGGGAGGAGAUGGCCCUGGCAGCUUUUAACCAGCCCAUGGAAACCUUACCUGACUAUCUCGCCCCACUGGCCGCCGCUGCCAUGCCGGUGGUGGCCCCGCACCCGCCGGCUUACGACCAGCUCUUUGCCCCCCGUGCGUACCUGGGCUUCCAUGAGACCCACCGCCCCCACCCGCAUCACCCGCACCACCCCCACCACCUCCCCGAGGACCUGAUGCUGGAGAGGUUUUCCUCCAUCCCGGAUUUCCAGCCCUUCUUUGACAACGGAGAGCCUUGCAUCGAGGUGGAGUGCGGGGAGAACAAGGCGCUGCUCUACAUCAAUAAGUUGUGCCAGGGGAGCAAAGGACCCUCCAUCCGGUACCGGGGAGAGUGGCUCACCCCUAACGAGUUCCAGUUUGUCAGCGGCAGGGAGACAGCCAAGGACUGGAAGCGCAGCAUCAGGCACAAAGGGAAAAGUUUGAAGACUCUUAUGUCCAAAGGAAUCUUACAGGUACAUCCUCCAAUCUGUGAUUGCCCUGGGUGUCGAAUUUCGUCUCCAGUGAACCGGGGUCGCCUGGCAGAGAAGAGGACAAUCCCCUUACCUCCAACCAAGAUCCCGAAGAAAGAGCUGACCUCCGUUUUCUCGCAUAGCGACGACAGCGAAGAGAGCGAUAAGAGCAAUGGUCAGCACCCCGAAGUAAAGCAGGAGGAGGAUCUCCACAUCAGUAUCAUGAAAAGAAGGAUACACACCCACUGGGAUUUAAACAUCUCCUUCCGAGAGACCUCUUGCAGCCGCGAUAACGACCUUUCCACUAUCAUCUCCAACCUGCAUCAGAGCCGUCAGCUCGUUAUGCCAGAGACCCAGAGCCGCUGUGAAUUCAAGAGAAACAGCAUCGAUGUUGGCUUAGGAGCAGCAGAUGAGAUUUUAGGCAAGAGAAGAGUAUGUUCUCCCAACAGCAGCAGUGAGUGUCCUUUAGAAAGCAAGAAAGCCAGAAGUGAGUCCCCAAAGGAAAACUCCCACACGCCUCUGCUUGAGGACUCGGUGACUCAGAUGACCCCGGAGGAGCACUACAGGCGCAUGAUGUCGGCGCUGAAUGAGCACAGCACCUUUGAGGAGCAGCAGCAGCAGCGUCUCUACCAGCUGGCCAACAGCAUGGCAGUGCCCAGCCAUGGAGAUCUCCUCCGUGCGCGGCAAGAAGUGGCGGCGGCGGCGGCAGCGCGGAACCCCGGCGCGAUGGAAGCGCACAUCCCCUCGGCCAGCAACUCUUCCAGCCAGCGGAGGAAGCAGGGCCUGCCCCAGCACAGGGACACACACUUCCCCGAGAGGGAGAUAUCCCACCCACCGCCUCUGCUCUCACCCCAGAACGCACCCCACAUUGCCCUGGGGCCCCACUUGAGACCUCCUUUCCUCGGGGUGCCUUCAGCUCUGUGCCAGACACCAGGUUACGGGUUCCUGCAGCCAGCACAAGCAGAGAUGUUUGCACGGCAGCAAGAGAUGCUACGGAAGCAAAACCUGGCAAGGUUGGAGAUGUCAGCCGAGAUCAUCCGCCAGAAGGAGCUGGAGAACCUCCACAGGCAAAGGCUACUGGCUGGAGACCCUCUGAGCCUGCACCCCGGCCUGCCCCCCGACCACCCGGCCCUGCGCAACGUGCACGACAUUCCCGAGGGGCACCCGCUGCGGGAAGAGCUGUCCCGGCGGAACGCCAUGCUGGUGCUGCGGCACAACAACACCCCCCUGCUGUCCCUCAACCCCAGCGUCCCCAGCAGCGCCACGCCGCCCAAGGAGCAGCCCCGGCGCGGCAGCCGCAAAGCCGCGCAUCACCGCGCCGAGCCGCAGGGCCUGAGCGAGGCCAAGGAGCUGGCGGAGCCCCGGGCACGCGAUGGCGCUCCGGACUGUAACGACGAGGAGAUGAAGGACUCGGAGAGCGAUGCGGAUGUGAGCGAUGAGAAGCCCGAGAGCCUGAAGGCCGAGAGCAGCAGCUCGGCCGCGGAGCUUAAGGAGUGCAAAGAGACGGGCAAAGCGUGCGAGGGGGCCAAGGAGCUGGGUGAAGGGGCUCCCGGUCAAACCGCUCCCUGCAGCUCCUCCAGCGCCGAGUCCCCCAGCCAUCUGCUGGGGCCAGGCAUCAACAAAACCGAGGUGAAAUACCUGCCGCCAGCCUCCCUCCCACCGCCUCAGCCGCUGCCCUUCGGAUUCCCGUACACCAUGAGCCCGUACUUCCACGCAGGCACCAUGGGAGGUCUGUUUCUGGAUGGGGAGGAGAGCCCCGCAUUGGAAGACAUCAGCAAAUGGACGGUGGAGGACGUGUGCAGCUUCGUGUCCAACUUGUCCGGCUGCACCGAGUACACUCAGGUAUUCCGAGAGCAGGCUAUUGAUGGGGAGACCCUGCCCCUCCUGACGGAAGAGCACUUACUGAACAACAUGGGGCUGAAACUCGGACCUGCACUGAAGAUCAGGUCACAGGUGGCCAAGAGGGUGGGCAGGGUCCUGUACAUGGCGGGCUUCCCCAUGGCCUUCCCCCUGCAACCGCCCGGCCUGCGGCCCCCGGAGCGGGAGCUGCCCCCGGCCGCGGAGCUGCGGCCGUCGUCCACGGGCAGCGUGGCCUCCCCCUUCAGCGGCCUCCCCUCCGCCAGCCGCGUGUCCCCGAAGCAGGAGAACGGGGCCCCCGGCGUCCUGGCCGCGCUCAGCGACACCACGAAGCCUCCGUCCUAACUGCAGGGGCAGCUCCCGGUGGCCUGGACUGAGGUCAUGGAGCGAAGUGAAGGUCGAGAGCAUGGGGAGGCCAGGAGAGCCUCCCUCAGCUGUGUGAGACACAGGGGUGAGGAAGGGAGGGGGUUCAUUACAUUGGAUGCAUUUGCUUUUUGGUUGGGGUGGAGAAAACCCAACCGAGACUAAAAAAAAGAGAAGGAAGGAAACAAUCCAAAGAUGUCCUGAGACAACGCGAGUGAAGGGAGAGUGAUUCUAGAGGCUGCAGCAGCGUUCCCGUUCCCUUUCACCCCCCUUCUCGCUCCCCGGAGCCGUAGGACAGGGAAUGAACACUUUGCCUUCAGAGAACCACGGCUUUCAGGACCUUCUGGGGGGGCUCAAACAGGGAGGGGAAGAGGCGACCGCUGCUCCCAACGGUACUCAGCAUCCCUGAGGAGAAAACCCCAUCACCAGAACUGAAAGCACCCACCUUCCCAGCUGGCUCCUCCUCCCUGGAAACUGGACUCAGUUCCUCAUUCAGGUGUCUAUGCAUCAAUAGCAACUUUGAACCAAUACCAAAGACAGCCAAAAACAAAGACAAAGAAGAACUAAAAGGCAAGUUCGGGUCCAUGUUUACUUCGGAGUGGAUGGUACGGCACAGCCCGGGGGCUGCCCCCCUCCUGGCACGCAGAGAACAGGCUCUGCCCAUGCUCCAGCCCUGCAGAGCCGCUUGGUUUUGCCCAUUCGAUGCUUUGUAAAGAGAAGAGCCAGCGAUGUGCUCUGGUGGGCUGCCGGGGCCCCCCGGCCUCCCUCACGUGUCCAACAGACUCAUUUCUCCAUUGGGGUGGGGGUUUCUUUUGUUCUGGGGUUGUUUUGGUUCUCGUUUCAAGCCUUGUUACAGAGGUGGAUGCAGUUGCACAUUCUGGCCUGCUGUGGACCAUGAGACAGGUACCUGUGCGUUCCCAGAGCAGGGGAGGGAUGCUGGGGGGGGGGGGGGGGGUUCAGGCUAAAACCAAUGGGUAAGAAAGAGUUUUACUACUGUGAAUGCGAUGGUAACUCCUGGGGGUGCCCUCCUGUGACUUGUACAGUUGUGAACAACAACCACACGUGGUACUUUCCUCUCUGCUCCCCCUGCCCUUUUCUGUUUCAAGGUUGCACGUGCUGCCGUCCUUUUGUUACCAAACUUCGCUUGGUGGUACAUUAGCUUCUUUCUAUUGUAAAAACCAACCAGCCAUUGCCCAUCACAUCACCAUACAAACGCUGCCCAGCAAUCAGUUUAAAUAAAAAAGGAGAAACACUUCAUUUCCAACCGGUA